AUGCAGCCUGCGAGGCUAGUGAGGGAAAUUUCCGUUCUCGUUUCUGUUUCCGUUUCGUUAUCACGCGGCCCGUUUGGUGACUCAACGGGUCACACGCUCGAGGGCAUCCAUGACUUAUAUUUUUCUUGUGUGCCCGACAGCUCGGGGAUCGAACUUAACCCGACGGUAUUUUACCACUUAAUGCCCGGCUCCACCGCCCAGACAAACAAAUUUCAUACAUUUUAUUUACAACAACGCUCGGAGACUUCUUCCAAGGACAAUGUCACUUGGGCUGACAUUAAGGUCAAUCAUCCGCUCGAUUACGAGAGCAUAAAGGAGUACAAUUUGACGAUAAGAGUCGAGGACGUUAAUGAUGAGAUACCGUUAUUCACGGAAGGUGAACAGGAAACUGUGCUUGAAGGCGAGCCCGUUGGAAGCAAAGUGACACAAGUAAACGCUAUAGACAAAGACGGCACCUCGCCGAACAAUAAGUCUUGGACCUACUCUCACUUCCGGGAAAUUGCAGAGGUAGCGAAACGUCAGCAGAACCCGAAAAGUCUCCCUUACACUAAUUUACCAAAAGUUUGGAGUGUAACUUAUUACGUGGUAAAUAGUAACAGAAAUGAAGGAAAAGAUUACUUUGAAAUCAACCGUGAGACUGGAGAAAUAUUUACCAAAGUGAUCUUCGAUCGCGAGAAGCAAGGAGCUUACGCUCUGGAGGUUGAAGCUCGGGAUGGAGCGCCAUCAGCACGACCCAAUAGCAACGGGCAACCUAAUUCU